AUGGCACCUUACGAGGCACUGUACGGUCGUAAGUGUCACACUCCUUUAUGUUGGACUGAGUUGGGCGAGCGACGUGUUCUUGGUUCUGAAUUGGUCUCUGAGACAGAGAAUAAUGUUAGAUUAAUUUGGGAUCAUUUGAAAGUUGCUUCUGAUAGGCAGAAAUCAUAUGCAGAUUUGAAGAGACGUGAGAUCGACAUUCUGAAACGUGUGGGACCUGUCGGUUAUCAGUUGGAGUUACCACUAGAGUUGGAUAGCAUUCAUGAUGUUUUUCACGUCUCGAUGUUGAGGCGCUACCACUCUGCUCCCACACAUGUUGUUUCUGUUGAGGAGAUUGAGGUUAGGCUAGACUUGACCCUCGAGGAGGAGUCGGUUCAGAUUCUGGAGCAUUAUUUAAAGGUCAUUCAAAAAAAUUCUAUUCCCUUAGUGAAGGUUCUGUGGCGUAAUCAUAACCCUGAGGAGGUCACGUGGGAGCCUGAAGAUGCGAUGCGUCAGUAA